CCUUGUCCCCGGCCGGGGCUUGGCCGCGGGUGCCACGUUGUCACGUGGGGGCCGUGGCACCGCCGGGGCCACCGGAGCGGGGACGGCAGCGGCGGCCGGAGCGAUGGACGCGGGGAUGGACACACGGACGGACAGCCCCCGCAGGUGGCUGGGAGCCCCCCUGGAGCAGUUGCCCACCCCGGCGCUGAUCCUGGACCAGGCGAAGGUGCGCGGGAACGCCGAGCGGAUGCGGGAGCGGUGCCGGGCCCUGGGGUUGCGCCUGCGGCCCCACGUCAAGACACACAAAACGCUGGAAGGGGCUGCGCUGGCCACGGGCGGGACGCGCCGGGGGAUCGCGGUGUCCACGCUGGCCGAGGGGCGUUUCUUCGCCGCCGGGGGCUUCGACGACAUCCUGUUCGCCUUCCCGGCGCAGGAGUGGCACCUGCCGGAAUGUGCCGCCCUGGCCCGGCGGCUCCAGGCCUUCCAGCUGCUCGUGGACAGCCCCCGGGGCCUGGAGCUCCUGCGCCAGAACCCCCUUCCCGGCGGGAAGCGCUGGCUCGUGUGGCUCAAGCUGGACUGCGGGAACGCCAGGGCGGGAAUCCGCCCCACGGAUCCCGAGGCUCUGGAGCUGGCACGGGCCAUCGCCCGGGGGUGCCCGGAGGUGGUGACACUGGCGGGGGUCUACGCCCACUGCGGGAACACCUACGGCUGCGGGGACAUCCCGGCCGUGCAGGACGUCGCCAGGGACACCACCAAGGCCGUGCUGGCCUUUGUCACCAGGCUGCGGCAGGAGGGGAUCCCGUGUCCCGAGGCCACCAUCGGCUCCACCCCGUCCUGCAGCCACCCGGUGCCGGAGAUGUCGCAGCUCACCGAGGUGCACCCGGGCAAUUACCUGUUCUAUGACCUGCAGCAGACCCAGCUGGGCUCGUGCCGGCCGGAGGAGGUGGCGAUCCGCGUCCUCACCAGGGUGGUCGGGCACUACCCCCACCGCCGGCAGCUGCUGCUGGACUGUGGGUGGGCGGCCCUGAGCCUGCACGGCCGCGACCGGGGACCCCCGGGCUGUGCCGCCAUCGAGGGGCACCCCCAGCUCAGGCUGGUGGGGCUGACCCAGGAGCACGGGCAGGUGGAGGCCGUGGAUGGGGAGCUGGAUUUCCAGCGGUUCCCGGUGGGAAGCACCUUGGCUCUCAUCCCGUACCACGCCUGUGCCACGGCUGCCAUGCACCCCGUGUACUUCGUCCACGCCGGGGGGAAGGUGGUGGAGCUCUGGCACCCCACCCGUGGGUGGUGAGGAGAGAAGAGAGGGACCAGGGGGAUGUGCCCACACCGAGGCCCUGCACCCACAUGGAGACCCUGCACCCACAUGGAGACCUGCACCGAGACUCUGCACCCAGGAGACCCCACACCUAUGAGACCCUGUUCCUUCACCAUAACCUGGUACCCAUGAGACCCCGCACCCACACCAAGACCCUGCACCCACACCAAGACCCUGCACCCACACCGACACCCUGAUCUAGACCCUGCACCCACACCAAGACCCUGCACCCACACCAACACCCUGCACCCACACCAACACCCUGGUCUAGACCCUGCACCCACACCAAGACCCCUCUCCCUCACUGAGACCCCACAUCAUGAGACCCCACACCCACGAGCCCCUGCACCCUCGCUAGGACCCCACACCCACAGUGAGACCCUUAACCCACACCAAGCCCUGCCACCAUGAGACCCUGUGCCCUCACCAAGAUCCCACACUCACACUGUGACCCCACACCCACGAUGAGGCCCCACACCCUCCCCAAGCCCCCUCGUCCAUGAGACCCUGUGCCCACACUGACGCUCUGCACCCUCAGCAAGACCCCACACCAAGAUCAGGCACCCAGGAGACCCCACACCCAGGAGACCCCACACCCAGGAGACCCCACACCCACACCAAGACCCCGCACCCUCACAAAGACCCCGCACCCACAAUGAGACCCCUCAUCGAGACCCCGCACCCACGCCAAGCCCCUGUGCCCACGGCAGCGUCCUGCACCCACGGCAGGGGCCACACCAGGGUCCCACCCGCGGACCCUGCACCCACCCCGAGGCUGUGCACCCCUGCUGGGGUCCCGCACACGUGUCAGGGUCCUGCACCCACAGUAAAACCCUGCACCCACGCCAAGGUGGGAUGCUGCACCCACUCCACGACCCCGCACCCACCCCAAGACCCCCGACCCGCGUCAGGACGCUGCACCCAGCUGAGACACUCUGCCCACCCUAGGACGCUGUGGCCCCACCAGGGGUCAAUAAAGCUGCUUCUCCCGCU